AGUUUAGGCAUAAAUGAAAGACCACGUAACCCUCUAUUGUUCUCAUGGUCUGAAAGAGCAUCAACAAUGUAUCAUACUCUGUACAUUAUCUAUCAAUUCUUUUGAUACACAACGAUGUUCUCUUAACUUGAAUGGUUUGAAAAGGAACAGGAAAAUAUUUUGCGUUCACAUUUCCUUGUAAGGCGCUACCGAGCAUUUCUAUAGUUGAGAUGUGCAAUAUUCAGGCACGCGGAUCCAUUUUGAGCCACUUAUAUAAUAU